AUGAGGGAAGCAGUAAGAAGCUUGAUACAGUGUGCUAGAAAGUGUGCAGCACAAAAUGAAUGCGACGGUCUUCAGUUACAUUCACUUCUCAAUACCUCAGCAGCGGGCACCUGUUUGAAAAACGAAGAAUGUGACGGAGGUAAUUUGACAGCUGAAUGUGUUUUUCUCAUGAGAUCAGAACUCAUAGAGGCUAAACAAUACCGAGAAAAUACUGUUAUUAUUGCCAAACAUGGGAGAAUUAAACCACAGAACUUAAAAGAAUGUUAUCCACCACCAACCAAACAAAUGUCACUACCAACUGCUACACCAACUACGACAAGUUCUGUGUGUAAAAUAGUUGGCGCAGUUUUCAUCAGUAUGCUAAAAGAAAUAUGGUUGUUUUCUGACCUUUGGUUGUACAUCUACAGUUCAUCUGAUGCGUUAGGUAUAGAAGAUUUUAGAAGAAGACCAAUUAAGGAAAGGUUUGCCGAUCUACCAGGUCCAGUUACAGCCGGAUAUUCUAAGGACAAACGAGUUUAUUUAAUUGUAGGUUCCAGUGUAUUUACAUACUCAUCUUUAUGGCAUGCAAGUUCAAUUAAAAGAGAAACUGUGUAUGAACACUUUCGUCCUGAUGUGCCAAAUAGAAUAGAUGGUUUGAUCGUCAACGGUUCGUCCACUCAUAUAUUUUCAAGGAAUUACGUUUAUGAUGCAUCUAAUGAUCAUAUGGUCAUCAGACCAUUCCGCAGUAGGAACAGGUAUAACCCAUAUAGAUCAACGUACAAAAAUAUCCAACCAAAACGUAUAGAUGCUGUCACCGGAAUUGGUCCAUAUACUUUUCUCUUCAUUAGUAAGCAAAAUUACUAUUUGUUUAAGAUAAGCACCUUGAAGAAAGAUAAACACGCAGGUCUUUGGAUUAAAGGAAAACAAGAUCUUAAAUGUUAA